UUGUAUAAGAAAAUGAAGAGAAAAGGAGGAAGAUGAAAGAUAAUAUUGAAAAAGAGCGAACUACCUUGUGUAAAUAAACGAUAUAUGUACGUUGGUACCUCAUGUCAUUGUUUCACCAACUUUUAGACACCAUUCAAGAUUCACUGUUGAUCAUUUUCAAUUACUUUAUUCAUUAAAUUUGUUUAUCGAUUUUAUAUAAUUAUUUAUAAUAAUCAAUAUAAAUUAUCACGCCUGAAGAUAUGCAAUAUCCCCCGGUAAUAUUAAUGACUAUAACACCUUCUUCUGUAAAAAACUUCUUUUACUCUUUAGAGUAUGUAACACUGUCAUACAUGUCUAUAGGAGAUGGUUGCAUACUCUACGGGGUUAAAAAAAUUGCUUACUCAGAGAUGGCGCUCGUAGUAAUAACAUUAUCGACAGUGUCUGAAGUGUUGCAUAUCUUCAAAUGCAUUAAUCAAUAUAAAAAAUCAUAAAUUAAUAUAAAUCACUUUGUCAACGUCACAUUAUAGCGUUAAAGAUAUAAAAUAGACAAAAGAGAAAGAUAUUAAACGAACUGUCAUUUGUAUUAAUAUUCAUAUUAGAGAUUUUUUAGGAAAUACUUUCACCAAUAGAGUUCACAACAAAAUUUUAUUUCUAGCAUGACGAUGAACAGCUAAUAAAAUAGUUUUGAAUAAUUAUUUAUCACCGAUUAUACAGCACGUUUCUUAACGGUUGUUUUUCUAUAACUGAAUGCUAAGUAACGCUUUUAGACAACACUGAAAUUUUUAGAACAAGCUGUCUAACGAUCUCAUACGCCUGUGUGAGAUACAUUAAUUAGAGAUUGUUAGAAUGAUCGAUUUGACAGUUCAUUCCAUGCUGAAAUAAUAGCAUAAUCCAUCCAUCCAGAGAAUGAAAAAAAGAAAAAAGAAAAAGACAUAUAAGAAACUUGCCUAUAAUUUGUUAUUGACUAUUCUAUAUACGACUAUAAUUACAUGUUUCUAACAACGUGCUUUUUAAAAACUACUUAGAAAGAAAUGUCACAUUGAAGAAAAUGAUGAGACGUAAGAAAGAAAAGAGAAUAAUCAUUAAAUUUGCAAAUAUCUGUCUUACUUAUGACUUAUCAACUUCAUGUACGUUUCUUUAAGAAGAUAGAAAAAGGAGGGUUUAAAUAUUUUAUUAGGAUACGUCUGGUUCUUACCAGUUACUUUUCUCAUUCUCCUUUCGUUCAGAAUGUUUCACGCCUCUUUAACAAUCCUAUGGAUUUUUUCGAUCAUCCUUACUAUAGGCUUAGUAAACUUUUGUUAUUAAUGGUGGGUCAGUGGCCUAAUCAAAAUCCUAAUGUACGUUUACUUUCAUUGUGUUUUGUUACUCUUCUGACUACUUCUAUUAUUACUACUGAGGUAAGAGCUUUAGAAUUCAUGGCUGAUGCUGUCGCAGGAAUAGCACUUAUGACAACUAUUUCUAUCAAGUGUCACACGUGUUAUUUCGCUGGUGAUAAGAUAGGAAAACUUUUAAAUAAGAUUGAAGACGAAUGGAAAAUAUGGAAAUCCAAAGAAGAGAUUACUAUAUUGGAAAAGUAUGCUAAAGAAGGAAGAUUUUAUAUAAUAGGAUACAUAAUAUACAUUUACACAACAGUGAUUCUAAGUUUUUUGACAUCAUUUUUACCAAAAAUCUUUGAUAUAAUUUUUCCAAUAAACGAAUCUCGUCCAUUGAGACAUGUAUUUAUGAAUGAAUAUUUUGUUGAUCCACAAGAAUACUUUUAUCCGAUUUAUUUCCAUAUGACUUCGGUUAUUAUGAUUGGUAUAACAUGUUUUCUCGCAAAUGAUGCUAUUUUUCUGGUAUUUACUUCGCACGUUUGCGGUUUGUUCUCGUCUGUUGGAUAUCGUUUAGAACAUUUGUUGAAGGAAAAUAAUACUGAAAAAAUUUCUUCGAAUCAUCAAUCUAAAGAAUGUACUCAAAAUGUCAUAGGUUUUAUUAAUGCUCACAAAAGAGCUAUGGAAUCACCUUUUUCUUUCGUAUUUAAAUCACAGGUGGCAGCAUUGUUGGGAAAAUCAGUAGAAGUAUUUAAGUUCAUUGCAUUUACAGGAGCCCAACUCUUUCAUAUGUAUUGCUUUAGUUUUGUCGGACAAAGAAUAAUAGAUCAUAGUAGUGACAUUAGUUUUAAAGCAUAUAGUGGAUUAUGGUACGAUGCACCAUUAGCAGUACGUAAAAUGUUAUUGUUAGUUAUUCGAAGGAGCCUCAAACCUUCUUAUCUAACAGCAGGGAAAAUAUUCGUAUUUUGUUUAGAAAGUUUCUCAAUGGUCGUGCAGACAUCCACGUCAUACUUUAUGGUCCUUUCGUCGAUGCAAUAAGCGUGAUUAGGAUUCCUG